ACGACACGGCUGGGCUGCACACUCAGCACCUGGGCUUCAAUCGCCAUGAACAGGACCUGUUUCUGUUGCCCAUCCUGGUGGUGGACGGUGGCCCCCCAACCCUCAGCAGCACCGGCACCCUCACCAUCCGCAUUUGCGGCUGCGACGACACCGGCACCAUCCAGUCGUGCAACACCACUGCCUUUGUGGUGUCCCCUUCGCUCAGCCCUGGCGCCCUCAUCGCCCUGCUGGUCUGCCUCCUCAUCCUCGUGGUGCUGGUCCUCCUGAUCCUGGCCCUGAAGCGGCACCAGAAGGGGCACCUGCCCUCCGAGGAGGACGAGGACAUGCGGGACAACGUCAUCAAGUACAACGAUGAGGGUGGGGGCGAGCAGGACACCCAGGCCUACGACAUGUCGGCCCUGCGCAGCCUCUACGAGUUUGGCGAGACCAAGGGGGGGGACGAGAAGGGGGCGCCCCCACCGCCCUCGGAGCUGCACUCCCUGCCCCAGUGGCGCCAGGCGCCAGACCUGGACUUCUCCCUCUUCAGAGACUACAUCAGCCGCAAAGUGGGGCAGGCGGACGGCGACCCCUCGGUGCCCCCCUACGACUCCUUCCAGACCUACGCCUUCGAGGGGGCCGACUCCCCGCUGGCCUCCCUCAGCUCCAUCGCCUCCCGCUCGACCGGCUCUGAGCAGGACUUCUCCUAUCUCGGCGGCUGGGGGCCCCGCUUCCGGCAGCUGGCCGCGCUCUACGCGGCGCCCCGGGCCGAGGGGGGCAGCUGGGAGACCUAG